ACUCUCUUUUUUUUUUUCCUUGUUUGUUUCUUGUUUUCUUUUUUCACUAUAUCAAAUCGAUAAUUAUAUUAAUACAAUGUUGAGCAUGCACGAGAACAGAGAAGACACUAGAAGUAGUGAAGAAAUUAUUAUGGAGCCUUACACUUACUUGUUGUCUCAUCCUGGUAAAGACAUUCGUACCAAGCUUAUUUCUGCUUUUGACUUGUGGCUCAAUGUUCCCAAGGAUAUCCUUGAGGUUAUUAACAAGGCCAUUGGUAUGCUUCACAAUGCCAGUUUAAUGAUUGACGAUGUUCAAGAUGACUCCGAGUUAAGAAGAGGUUUCCCCGUCUCUCACCUUAUCUAUGGUGUCCCUCAAACUAUCAAUACCGCCAAUCUUGUCUACUUUUUAGCCAUCCAAGACAUCCUUAAGUUGGGUAUCCCUGGUAUGGUUGAGAUUUGUACUGAGGAAUUAAUUCAUUUGCAUGAAGGCCAAGGUAUUGAAUUGUACUGGAGAGAUAGUUUGACCUGCCCUACCGAAUUGGAAUACAUUGAUAUGGUCAACAACAAAACAAGUGGUCUUUUAAGAUUAGCUGUUCGUUUAAUGCAAGCUGCCAGUGAAAGUGAUGUUGAUUAUACUCCUUUGGUCAACAUUAUUGGUAUCCACUUUCAAGUUCGUGAUGAUUAUAUGAAUCUUAAAUCCGAUGCCUACACUGAAAACAAGGGUUUCUGUGAAGAUUUAACUGAAGGAAAGUUCUCUUUCCCUAUUAUCCACGCCAUUCGUUCUGACUUGAGUAACCGUCAAUUAUUGAACAUUGUCAGCCAAAAGCCUACCAAUAUUGAGAUCAAGAAGUAUGCUUUGGAGAUCAUCAAGAGAGCUGGUAGUUUCACCUAUGUCGAAAACUUCCUUCGUCAAAAGGAGGCUGAAGCUGUUACCGAAAUCAAGAGAUUGGGUGGUAAUGCUUUAUUAGAAAAGUAUAUUGAUACCCUUGGUUUGGAUGCUAGCAAGUAAACCCUCUUCCAUUACACACACAAACACACAAACACAUACAAUAUCACUUAAAAAAUACCCACACUACCCUUUCAACUUUUUCUUCAUUGUAAUACCAUUUUUUUUUUUGUUUUAAAUAAAAUAAUGAGUUUAUCAACC